GUUUCCUGCUUAGGAAGACGGGACAAGAAGCUGUAGGAGUGUUAAAGUUGGGGAGUUGUUGGCACCAAGGCCUCAGAAAAGGUUUUGUUUGGGGCACUUUUUUUUUGGGGGGCAGAAGAAAAUUGGUGCAAAAUGAGAAAUCUCAGCAUGGUUUCUAAUAUUCUAUGUAUUGCGUUACAUAUUCUAGUUCGAUCAUGGUGUCAAUUGCUGGAGGGACCUGUGGCACACCAUCCGAACUAUGAUGUGAUUCUGGGGAUUCAAAUGGCUUUGGCCAGAGAUUGGGAGUGGAGUCUGCAUCAUGUAUCGAUCACUUGGCAAAGGAUGUGGCAUUCAAAUCAGCAGAUUUGCAGAUAAUGAAAUAUACCCUCCAGGAUCGGUGAAGCAGUUGCUGAACAACUAGUACUACUCCAGAUGCCAACGCCUAAGUAUCAACCUUAUGCCUCAGACCCAAAUCUUAGCAGUGCCCUAGCUUCAGUUCUUUGGGAACUCAACCUUCUGUCUAAGCAUCAUCAUCCAACUAUUUCAACGCUAGCGACGACCAUUUCAACAUUGAGUAGUGCUCAGAACCAAGUUUAUCAUUCCAACAUGUUGGCGAUUAUCGAAGGAGAAAGUGACGAAGAGGACGUCUUUGGAGUAGCCGACAAAGUGACUAGCAGUGAUGCCAGUGGAGAGGUCCGAGAGGCAAAGCUUGGAGUCCCAGCUGCCGGAGAGAGCGAACUGGCCGUUGGAAGAGAGGACGAUGUCUUCGAUGAAGUGAGAGUGGCUGGCGAGCUGGAUCGACGAGAGAGAGAAAAAAGAGCAACGAAGAGAGAAAGAGAGGGGGGAUGAGGGUUUGAAGGUGUGAGAUAUAUCAAAUUUAUCUGAAGGACCUUAGCCAUCAUAAAAUAAUAUUAUGCAUCUCUUUCAUUACUAAAAAUAGGAGAGGGACCUUAGACUAAUUUUCCCUUUAUUUUUUAUAUUUUUAUAAAUAAGUGAAUUUCAAUAUUCCAAAAGUGAGGGCAUUUUUGUCUAUGUAAAAAUAUAUCUAGUUUUUAAAAAUUACCAUAUUUAUUUCUAUUUGUAUUUUACAUUUCCCAUAUAAGUGGAGGUAGUUUAAGCUCAUUAAUUAUAUUCUUAACAUAUGCCCUAAGGACACAUGUUAACAAGAUCCAUAAACUAUUUAGGCUGAGUUUGAAAGCUUCUUGUUACGUAACGUAAUGGUCAGA